CUCAGAUAUCACCACCACAUACACUUCAAUCCACAACUGUUCGAUACAUUAAUCAAGUAGCAAGACCAUCCUGUCAUAUAUUCUCUAAACAACUUCAUCAUCUGUCCACCCAUCAUGACCGACAAGAUCCCAGACAACAUCAAGCGCCACUGGCACGGCAACGCUGGCGAUCGCCACGAACACCUCAACGUCUGGACACACGGCGGCUCCAAGGGUCCCGCCAGCCGCGCAGCCUGGGCCUUGACCCCGGAAAUGAUGGCUGCCGAUGCAAACCGUCGAGGCUCCGCCGGCUCCGCCUCCUCACCCAACAGCGACAACUCCCCCACAACCCCGUCUAUCAACGACCGUCGCCGCUCAAGCGCAGGUUCCGGCUCGGGCCUGUUCUCGGGUCUGAAUACGCAGAAGCGUGAGUCUGCGGAUGCGAAUAUGACAGCGCGCAGGGCGAGUUGGAAUGAGCAGCGGGAGCAGGGGGGUUCUUUUCGAAGUUGUGGGAGGGGUAUACUAGGGGGAAGUAAUCGUAUAUUGGAAAGUAAAUUGGAUGGAACUUGGGAGGAAUUGGAAGUAUAUGAUUGA